AUGGGGAAGAGCAACACCAGCAGCAUUUUGGCAGCUGCACCACUGACUCAUCAGAUUUCUGUCUACCUCACCCUCACAGUUCUUCCUCAUCCAGGCAUGGAGCACUCUCCUUACGCAGCAGACGGCCCCGGCGUGCCCACGGAGCCUGAUGUCUCUAUAGUUCAAGGAUACAGUCCUGAUGACUUGCCAGAGCUGGAGUGUGCCGUGUGCUUCAGUCAGUUCAACAACGUCUUCAACACGCCCAAGGUGCUGCAGUGCGGCCACACAUUCUGCCUGGAGUGCCUGGCACGCAUAAACAUUAAAUCCUCACAGCCCGAGAGCUUGCAGUGUCCUCUAUGCAGAGCCUACACCCCACUGCCUAACUUCGGCCUGCCCAAACUGGACACGGACGUAGUGGUGCUGUCCUGCCUGCCAGAAGCCAUGCAGCACGUUUACAGCAUUCGCUUCAAUCGCAACAGAGGUAAGCUUCAGGUCAAGCGCAUUCCCAGCUCCAUACCAGCAUCGCAGAGUAACCAGCGCCGCAGCCUGGACCUCGGAGGGCCUGUCAGCACAGACUGUGAGCAAGACUCACGCCGAGGCAUCUGUCCCUUCUUCAGCCGCCUCCUACGGAUUCCCACAUGCAGGGCGUUCUUCAUGAUAGCCGGCAUGCUCGUCAUGGUCUCACUUGCCAUUGGCAUCAGCAUCUUCUUGUCAAAACGUCAGUGA